CGAUAUCGAGCCUCCCAGACGAAUCAGGACUCAACCGAUGCCCCACAAGGGCCACCGCUCGGGACAAAGCCAAAAGGCACCUGGAACUCAUGGAGCGGUCCCUACCUAGAUUGGCCCGGAAGCGCCAGCGGUCCACCAAAUUGGCCCAUGGCCGACAAGUCCGGAGCUACGAGGCCCGGAACGGGAAUGCGGGUCCCAGGACCCAGUAUAAGUUAGGGGACAUCGUGCAGGCGUGGCGGACGGAAGUAGAAGGGGACCUUCUCGGUUUUCUAUUCGGGGCAGUGCGUCCAGGCUAUCGGAGGCUUCUCACCCAGGAGCUUACGGUCCCAAUUGCGCAGCUGGCUGACCAUCUUGACAUCAGCAUUGUCUCCCAGGUCGACCCGCAGUUGGUGCCCCACGUCACCUCGCGCACGUUGUCGCCGUAUCUUCAGUGGUCAGCUUGCGUGGAGGGCUUCCCAUCGAGAAUUCCGCCUUCACGGUUGGAUUACUUGGAUCUGCGCGACAUCGUGGAUCCUACUUUCUACAGACCGCCGUGCGAAGACGAAUUGGAGGAGAUAAUCCGCGAGGAGCUCGCGGAAGAAAGUUCGGAGGAGGAGGAGGAGAAUCUGAACGAAGACGAAGGGAAGCCGACACAGCACCAAGAAGGAGACGAAGACGAGGUCCUGCAAACGGAGAGCGAAGAGGAAGCAGAAGAAGAAGACAAUGAGCAGGGGAGCGGUGAUGACAACGACGAGGAGCAGGCCAACGAGGAUCCCCAGCUAGAAAUUGCGCCGGUUGCUGAUCUUCCGAUCAGCAACGAUCCAACGCUCGACCCGAAGCCACCUCAGCCAGACGACGGCCAUGUGGCCCAGGUGGUUGGGCCGUCCGCUCGCCGGCCUCCUUCCCCACCGCGACGCCGACAACGAAGCCGCUCCCCCUCCGCCUCCCUCUCCCUCACAGCCCGUUGUGAGGAAACCCGGGGAGGGGCUACCUACCGUUCGCUGAAGCCAUGGGCUACGGCGCCUGUCACUUCGCCGCGCCCGCCUCCGAG